CUCAAAUAUUAUACUACAAGACCUUCAGCGGGUAGAGACAGAGUAGUUACUAACCAUACUGUUGACUGGACACCUAAUAACAUAGAGGCUAGUUAGGUCUACUACUGGAAAAUUCUCUUUGCAAAAUUGUGGACUGACUUUUGUUCAUAAUUUCUCAAUUUGAAUUUCUGAAGCUUGUGGAACAAUAAUGUUUAUAGAAGAGCGGAUUAUAACACUUUUUAAAAGGAACUUUCACCACACCUGUACAUACUGGAGUGUGUUCUUCAGUUUUGGACUGUGUAUAGCCUUCCUGGGACCCACCAUAUUGGACUUGCGAUGUCAAACCCAGUCUACACUGAGCCAGAUCACCUGGGUCUUCUUCUCCCAGCAGUUCUGCCUGCUCAUCGGCAGCUCAAUCGGAGGGGUCUUCAAGAAAACGUUGUUCAGUGCUCUAGCUGCACUGUUCUUGUCCUCGCUACUCAUCUCUGUAAUAUUUGCCAUCAUCCCCCUCUGCCAUAAUGUGCUGCUGUUGGCUAUUGCCAUGGCUGUGUCCGGUCUGGCCAUGGGCAUCAUUGACACCAUCGCCAACAUCCAGCUGGUCGCCAUAUAUCAGAAGGACUCGGCUGUCUUUCUCCAGGCCCUCCACUUCUUCAUUGGGUUCGGGGCGCUGGUGAGCCCUCUGAUUGCUGAUCCCUUCCUGUCGGAGACAGGCUGUAGGGUGGGGAAUGUGACAGAAAAUGUGACCGAGAUCAUGCACCACUUCAGGAACACGCUGAGGAACAGCCCCAUUGUGAUGCACAACGUGUCCAUGGACCACCUGCCCCUAGCAGAGGAGCCAGAGGAGUCCAUCGUGUCCUACGCCUUCUGGAUCAUGGCAAUGAUCAAUCUGCCAGUGCCAAUGGCAGUGUUAUUCCUGAUGUACCAGGAGCAGUUGAUCCCCUGCUGCCGCAGCACCACACCUCUUUUGCUGGACAAAGACGAGCUGUCCAUGGAGAACCAGGGGGCCGAGGGACCUGACACAGAACCUAAAGACCAGGAGGAGGGAGGAGGUCAUGGGGAUAUCUUCAGCUGCUGUCAGAAUAACAACCUGCGUGAGUUGCCUGUGUCCUUCUUUGGGAUUCAUAUCGUUGGUGGAAUGGUCCUGUUCAUGACUGAUGGCAUUGUGGGUGCGUAUGCAGGCUUUGUGUACACAUAUGCAGUGUCUCCCCCCAUUUCUCUACCUAAUAAGACUGCGGGAUACCUGGUUAGUAUCUUCUGGGCAGCCAUUACUGCAGGACGUCUGGUGUCCAUCCCUCUCACCUUCCGCUUCCAGCCCGUUCGACUGCUCAUGAUUAAUCUGGCUGGUGUCAUUGUCACAGUGUUGUUGCUGCUCGUCCUCGACACCAGCAGUAUAUUCCUGUUUGUUGGGACCACUCUACUGGGCCUGUUCCUCAGCAGCAUCUUCCCCUGUAUGCUGGCUUACACUGAGGACAUCCUGGACUACCAAGGAUGUGCAACCUCAGUUCUGGUAACAAGUGCUGGGAUGGGAGAAAUGGUCAUGCAAGUCCUUGUUGGAUCGAUCAUCCAGAGUGAAGGCAGCUAUAGUUUCCUGCUCUGUGGAAUGAUAAUCGGUUGUAUGGGCUCCAUCCUCUUCUUCGGGCUGCUGUUCUUACAUCGCAUGCACAGGAAAUACCUCACUGGAACCUCAGUGAAGUCAGCCAUGGUGGAGGAGCUCCCACCAGCAGCAGCAGUAGUAGACAGUAAAACAGAACAGAAGGAGAGUAGCUGAGAGGCUAUGUAGCUGGGGCCAUUUGGUGCUCAGUAUUGUUAUUGACCAACAAUGUGAAGAGGAAGAAAACACGCCGUCAGUGAAGACAAAUACAUACAGUACUAGGACAUGUAAUGUUUUAGCCAUCCUGAAGGCUGCAAUAGCCAGAGGAGUGAAUAAGUCAUGUUUAAGUUAUUAAUAUAUUCCAAAUGAUUUAGUCCCUCCUUUUUUCCUUCCUGAAAAUGCCUCUACUGCUUCUUAUUCCAAUCAUCAUCAUCCCUUUAGAUAUGCUAAUGUUACCUUCUGUUUAAAACCCCUAUAGAUAAUGACUUUGUAAUAAGUGUGUGAGCAAGGGGUAGUUAGGUUACAGUAUAUGAAAAUAAUGUGCUUUAUUUUCAAGGCAUUUGGAUUGGUAUUCAUUGUUGCUCAUUGUCACAAUGUUGAAAUGUUUAAAAACAUUUGAACAUGAGUUGAAUGACUACUUUUUUUAUUUCAACAGAUAAGACAGUGAACUAUUUUGCUUUCAUUAAUAGUUGAUCACAAGAAGGGGAUAAUUUAUUGAAAUAAGUCGUUUUUUUUUUUUAUUGCUAUCUGAAAUAUAAUGUAGGAUAUAUACUCAAAAAGGGAUGCCUCCAGUUCUGAAAUGGAGGCUAUCUGACCAUGAAAUGUCACCUGCCAUUCUGAAAUAGGGACUUUAGGACCAGUUGCAGCAAGAGCAUGAGGUGUCAAAGACCAGGCCAGUAGCACAGUACUGGAAGUAGGUCUUGCCCUGACUGCAGUUGUAGAACUGGUUCUUGUUCUUUGGGUCGGCGUACAGCCCAGCAGCUUUGCCAACACAGAAGUUACUGUUCAUGCCACUGGUCCCACUGGUGGUCCCACCGCUGGGGCUGCCUCCGCUCGAGCUGCCUCCGCUCGAGCUGCCUCCAGAGUCCCCACCAUCAUCACCUCCAUUGGUAGUUCCCUUAAUAAGGGGCAGGGGAGUUGCAGGGGGAUUGCAAGCUGAAAUGGGUAUUAAAAACAAAAUCAUGAAUUGAAAGAACACAUUUUAGGUGUUUGAUAUAAUUCUGUAGCACAGCAGUCAGAGAUGUCAUACUUUUCUGCUAUUGAACCCAAUCUAGUGUGCAGGUCUCUUACGUGCUGAUUCCAGAUUGAGGCCUUUCUUGAGGACGUUGAUGAGAGGAUAUUUUCCCUGGCCACAGUAGGUGCCGGUAUAGUCAUCCAUAUCAAGAGUCCAGACCAUGGCUCCUCCAAAGUUGUUCUUCUUCAGCCAGUCAACCUAUAAACAGUGGUGUAAAGUAACUAAGUAAAAAUGAUUUGAUCUACUACUUAAGUCGUUUUUUGGGGUAUCUUUACUAUUUAUAUUUUUAUUACUUUUACUCCACUACAUUCCUAAAGGAAAUAUAUACUUUUUAGUCCCAUACAUUUUCCCUGACACCCAAAAGUACUUGUUACAUUUCAAAUGCUUAGGCAGAACAGCAAUAUGGUCCAAUUCACACACCUAUUAAUAUAACGCAUUGUCAUUCCUACCCACUGGGCACACACUGGUUGUUUUAUUUCAAUGAAAUUACCUUGAACCAAUGUGGAAUAGACAUUGACGUGCCCAGCGUGUACUGCCUCUGAUCUGGAGGACUCACUAAACACAAAUACUGCAUUUGUAAAUUAUGUAUGAGUGUUUGAGUGUGCCCAUGCAGUCCGUAAAUAAAUAAAAACUAGAAAAUGUU